UUACCACGCAAUAAGAUGCUGGAAUUCAUCAAUUUGUUCUUCGGGGUUAGGGAUUUCUGAAGCCGUUUCUCUCAUCUAACGCUACACAAGCGCGGAGCGUCGGUGCUAAGAACUCGGAGUCUGUAAAAUGUCUGUUGUUUUUGUUCCCAAACGGCAGCGCGGAAAAGAGCAAAUUAACCAGGAGACAAUUCAAAGACUGCUGGAUGAGAACGAUCAGCUGGUGCGAUGCAUCACUGAGUAUCUGCAGAAAGGCCGCGCUACAGAGUGUGUGCAAUACCAGCAGAUUCUGCACCGCAACAUUGUGUAUUUGGGAACCAUAGCUGACGCCAGCACAGAGAUCCUGCCAGAGACGCAGACCUCAGACGACACCGCCAGUUAGAUUUGCUGCUAGAAGGAGUAUCACAAAUGUUAUAAUAAAUAAUCUCUUCUGCUAUGAGAAAAGACACUCCGGAUGCCCGUUGGGGAACAUUGUUUUUCUGCAAAUAAUUUCAUAAUGUUUUUAUUUCAAUGCUUUGUAUAAUACAUGCAUUACAAUAAACACUUGUACUUUAACAUAA